UUGUUCCUUCUUCUCGUGUCUCAGACCUUUGUGGAUCCAAAUGACUAUUCUGUGGUUCGAUUUUGGAUAUGCGGCGCACAUCCUUAUACCUCCAAGGACUCCACUAUCUCCGAUCAAGCAAGUUCUCCCAAGGAGCCCUUGAGUUCGACUCAAGACGAGAUUGAUUCUAGCCACGCGGAAGCGGUACCCAAACAGACUUUUGGUGUUCGGGUUAUGCGAGUUGCUAAAAACGUGGCCGCACUCACAGCACGGCUGAUACGAUCGGAUCUUCGUCGGCGUCGAGCGUCUAAACAGUUUUGUCUGGACAAAGUUCUGAUGGCUGUUCAAACAAAAAAUGAAGAUGUGCUGCACUUGCGGUUAUUUCAGAACGUGCCUUGUUCCGCUCAAGGCCAUUCGCGUACAGACAAUCUGCGCUACUUACUACCGGUUCUGCGAUGUUCUCCACUGGGCCUGCUGGAUCGUGUCGUGUUGUUGGCCACCUCGGCUGUGGCUCUUGGUAGUUUGGCACUCGUUGCACCGUCCGCGUACCUAUUCGCCUCAGAUCCCAGUUUGGUUUUUGCCUGGUGUUUAGCCACUUCAGCGGGUGCUGGGGCCGCGGCCACUUUGGUUCGGGCCCGGUACUGGAAAACACAAACAACACACACAAAUUGGUUGAGACAGUUGGUAAGUAACCGAUGUGUUUGUGUUGCUAACUUUCUGAAAAUCCCGUAA